GGAACAGGAGCCCAGAGGUGUGAAAUGAAAAGCAGAGCCAUGUCGGGAAGCCAACUGUGGGCUCCUGUGGUCCUACUGGUGCUGUUGCAGAGUGCACAGUGUGUCUACAUCCAGUACCAUGGCUUCCAAGUACAGCUGGAAUCAGUGAAGAAGCUGGUAGAGUUGGAGGAGCAGCAGAUGUCCAAUCCCCAGUCGCCAAGCGGUAGCCUCCUGCCCGCUGUGUGCCAUAACUCAGCCUUGCCCCUGGACCUCCAGCCUGUUUGUGCCUCCCAGGACGCUACCAGCAUCUUCAAGGACUUGAAGACCAUCGCCACCGACGAAUGUGAGCUGUGUAUAAAUGUUGCCUGUACGGGCUGCCGCUGAAAUGCUCUGGGUGUCCUGAGCCCACUCCGGACAACUCCCUACACCACCACCCACCCCACCACCCAGCC